GAUAGAAUUACGAUAUCGGUAAGUAAUGAUCAUUUUCAGGUUAGUUUUUUGUUGUGCUUCGAUAGAAAUAAAGUUGAUAUAUUCGGGUAAUAGCACUAUUUGUUUUUUGUCGUUGUUCAAAUAUCAUUAGGAAUAUAGAAUUGACACAAUAUGUAAUAAGUAAACAAACAGAGUUUGGUCACAACAAACCAUUUGUUUAAGUGCGAUGAAAAUUAAUAAAAGAAAAAACAGUUUUUUCCACAGGAAAAAAGAAACAAUUAUUACUUGUUCUACAGUGAAUUAUGCAGCCAAGGAGAUCAUCUACGAACUUACGUCCUCACCUAAAUUGAAGUCGCCAGACGUGGCAUUGACUUUUCAGUUCGAUUCUCCAAUAUUUUUUCAAGAGUCUGAAUUGAAAGGAUUGAUACAUUUAGCUGUAAAGCCCAAAGAGCAGUCCGUUGGUUUCAUAAGGAUUGAAGUUCAGAUACUUGGGAUCAGCAAAUGUAGACAAGGUCAUCCAACGGUAUUUUUCUGUACAGGAAAGAGCAUAAUGGAUAGAAAGUACACAGUUCCAAAAGAAUUGGUUGAGCACGCAUUGAAUACGACUAGCGACUAUUCAAUCGCCAUUCAGCACACCCAAGGAAUACCAGUAGCUUUUGAAAUGGAUCUUUACGGACAAGGAGGAGGUCCAGGAAGGCAAAGUACUUCACAAUACAAAGUAAACUACUAUAUUUAUGCCAACGCAAUCUACCAAUUGGGGGAUAAAGUAAAACAGGUAAGAGAAUGUCAAGAAAUAAAUGUCCUUCCUAGGCUGCUUUCAUCAAGUUUCUUGUUAUCAACCCCAUUAUUGUGUGUGAGCAAGCCAAAACCAAUAUUAGGAUUUUGCAAUAAAAACACUGCAAACCGUUUGUCUGUUAAGCUUCCGAGAUCGGAAUGGCUAGGAGGUGAAUCUAUUAGUGUAAAUAUCAAAGUUGAAAAUUAUGGCUACUGCGAAAUCAACCAAUUGAUUAUGUUGCUAUUUAAACGUAUUACUUUAUUUAACGGACCAUUGGGAAAAAAAUAUCAACUGGACGCGUCGUCUCGAGCGAAGAAGCAUAAUUCUAUCCGCAAGGACUUUUGGAAAUGUGUACAAAAAGAAGAGAUCUGUGAGAAAAGAAAGAACGAAUACUGUAAAUGGCAAGGAGUUAGUACGUUGGAGACACACACGAUGGAUUGUCACAUUCGGAUUCCUGAAAAAGAAGUAUCGAUAAAUGUUGGGUCAGACUUUCAGGUAGAAUACGUAUUACAAAUUUUGGUUGGCACUAAAUGGAGGACAUUAAAUUGCAUAAAAAUGCCACUCCAAAUUAUUCCAGCAUGCGCUCCAUCUGUGGGACAAGACGCUAGGUACGUUGAUGUAGCACCUUACAAUUCAGAAGGUGAAUCUAUUAUACUGCCACAGAAUCCUUCAAGCGAAUUCCAUCGGGUAUCCUAUGAACCUUACCCAACGACAGAGCAUGUGAGUACACACGAUUAUGUGUUUUUCGGCUAAAGAGAAAGAGAAUAAGAAUGACCGAUAAUAGAGGAAAUAAUACUGUUUUGCAAUGUAAAAAAAGAAUCACUUUGUUCGAUUUUUUACAGCUUCCAGUAUUGGAUCGUUUAUCGUUAUGACGGAUAUUUUGGCAUCGUCAAAAUCACGCAAGGUAAGUUGGCCGGCUUCUUCUGUCGACAUGUAGAUUCCAUCAUUAACAACAUACGUAUCAUAAUAUUCUUUGGCAUGAAGAGCCGUGUCACGAACGCACAUAUCACCGGCAACACCAACCACAAACACAUGAGUAAUAUUUCGGUCGUCGAGGAUUUUUUUUAAUCCGUUGUCCCUUCCAACAGCAUCGUAAAAUCCAGAAUAGGACUCUACUAGGGUAUCCAUUCCUUUAGGAAGAAUAUAAUCUACUUUGUCCAUUUUCAGCUCUGGAUGGAAUUCGGCACCAACGGUACCUUCCACACAAUGAGUUGACCACAAUUGUUGUUUGUAUGUUUUUCCAUAAGCAUUUAUAUCUAGGACGGUCCCUUUGGGCAUCCCCUUAGGCCCAUGUGAUGCGCGAAAUGAUACAUGGUCAGCUGGAUGCAAAUCUUUUGUGGCAACGAUAUAAUCCCAUUUAUAAUCUUCACCUAAGAGUUGAUUAAUGAAUGGAAUAACCUUGGUAGCACCUGGAAUAUGACCGGCGAAGCCUGGUGUCACAAAGUCGUUUUGUACAUCUACGACAAUAAGAGCAGGAUGAAAAGACAUUUUUUUUUUAAAAAAAGAGAAUAAAAAAAUAAAGAAACGUAGGACAAGGUUAUUGACGAACAAGAUUGACAAAUAUCAGUAACUUUUUUAGAUGGAAUUCAGAAUGAUUUUUUCGGCAAGUGGUAAGACCAAGUUUAAUAUAUCGGGUAAAAUGCAGAAAAUAUCAGAAAGUAGGAAUUGAGUAA